UGGCAAAAUAAAACGGCCUAAGUCACACUGUUGACAUAGGCCAUUAUUCUACAGGGGUAGAAUCCCAUGAUCUGUUCAAGUGAGGAUGUAGGCGGUUUUACCAGAGGUGGCCAGCAUCAUGAGGAGAGGAUUUAGGCCAAAAAAAAUCAUUUCUGUCAAAAAAAUGACUGAGGCCAUUAUUUUAGGAAGGUGACGAUAUACAGUCAAUGGGUUCAACUGCAGAUUCCCAGGGUCUUAACGAUAAACAGAAAGGUAUUCAUAGCUGCAGGAUGCUGCUGCGUCUGUAUUGUCCCGCAGCACUUGAACGCAGCCGGGUGGUUGCAUCACGCGGAAGCAGAGGCUGAGUCUCUGAGCCAAUCAGGAGAGAGGAUCAUCUGGCGGAUUCAUCGUUCAUCGUAUUCUUCGGUUCUGUUUAAAUUAUAUAUAUUGUAAUGGUUUAAAGUUAACGUGGGAGUUUAGGUUUUUUUUGGUUUAAUUUGAUGAAUAGAAACUGAAGAAUAACUCCGGUGGUUGACAACCGACAACACGGUGAAGGUACAGACCGCGGCUGCACGUGCUCGUCUCCUCCUGUGAAGAAUAACCGACAGAACCGCCGGAGCCGCUCCGCGCCUUCUGCCGCCUCCGGUGCCUCCUCCGCGGCUUUGUCCGCCACAUUCUCUGGUGCUAAGAUGGAGAAGCAGCCUCUGCCAACUGAUGACGACGUGACAGGAACCACAGAGUCAGAUGUCAAUGGCUACGCUGGUGAGGAGAGCGAGCAGGCCUUAUCGGAGCCUCCCGCUCGAGCCGGAUGGAACAGUAAAAUAGAGUACUUCCUGGCCCAGGUGGGAUUCAGCGUCGGUCUCGGCAACGUCUGGAGGUUUCCUUAUUUGUGCCACCAGAAUGGAGGAGGAGCUUUUCUCCUGCUGUACGUGCUGCUGAUGAUGGUUGUGGGCAUUCCCCUGUUCUUCCUGGAGCUGGCGGCCGGUCAGGCCAUCCGACAGGGCAGCAUCGGAGUGUGGAAGUACAUCUCCCCCAGGCUCGCAGGGAUCGGCUAUUCCAGCUGUGUGGUGUGUUUCUUUGUGGCGCUCUACUACAAUGUGAUCCUCGCAUGGAGUAUUUUCUAUCUUGGGAACUCAUUCCAACACCCUUUACCCUGGAGCCAGUGUCCAGAACAGGGGAAUGUAACAGUAAAAGAAUGUGAGAAGAGCUCCCCAACGUCUUACUUCUGGUACCGCAAAGCUCUGGAUACUACAGACUCGAUUGACGACCCAGCCUCUUUCAACCCUUACAUCACCUGCUGCCUUCUGGCGGCCUGGACCAUUGUGUGCCUGGGAAUGUUCAAGGGUAUCAAGAGCUCUGUGAAGGUGAUGUACUUUUCCUCCAUCUUCCCCUAUGUGGUUCUGUUCUGCUUCCUUGUCCGAGGACUCAUGUUGGAUGGAGCCUCAGAGGGAAUCAGCUACAUGUUCUAUCCCAAGCUGGAAAUUUGGGCUGACGUGCAGGUGUGGCGGCAGGCGGCCACACAGGUCUUCUUUGCCCUGGGUCUCGGCUUCGGGUCCAUUAUCGCCUACUCCUCCUAUAAUCCAAGGAACAACAACUGCCACCGUGAUGCCUUCACUGUCUCCUCUAUAAACUUCCUCACAUCUGUGCUGGCCACCCUGGUGGUGUUUGCUGUGCUUGGCUUCCGCGCCAAAGGCAAUGUCAUGAAGUGUGUCGUCAGUAAUGUGAAGGAGCUGUCAGAACAGUUUCACAACAGUCAUGUGGACGUAAGCCGGAUGCCAAGCUUCAACUACUCUGCCCCCAGUUCUGUGAGUCUGGAGGAUUACAAGGCCUGGUUUAAACAGCAUGGAGAUAACAUCCCUGGUAAUUUAACAGACUGUGACCUGGAAUUAGAGAUGCAGAAGGGCGUAGAGGGCACGGGCCUGGCUUUCAUUGCCUUCACAGAGGCCAUGUCACUUCUGCCUGGAAGUCCUUUCUGGUCAGCGCUCUUCUUCCUCAUGCUGCUCAAUUUGGGGCUCAGCACGAUGUUUGGCACGAUGGAGGGCAUCCUCGCUCCCCUCACUGACCGCUUCAAAACUCUGGCCAACAACAAGACCAAAUUCACAAUUUUCAGCUGCAUCAUUGGCUUUGUGAUUGGCCUGCUCUUCACCCAGCGCAGUGGGAACUACUUUGUGAUGAUGUUCGAUGACUACUCUGCCACUCUGCCCCUCAUUAUCGUGGUGGUCUUUGAGACCUUCAGUGUGUCUUGGUUAUACGGAGCCGAUAGGUUCCUUGACGACAUCGAGGUAAUGCUGGGCUGGCGUCCCUCUGUGAUUUACAAAUAUCUGUGGAAAUACAUUUGCCUGUUUGCUAUGCUGGGGUUACUGGGAGCCACUGGCAUUCGCAUGGUCCUCACACGACCGACUUACAUGGCAUGGAACCGAGAGAAGGCCACCGAGGAGCACCUGCCGUACCCUGACUGGGCUCUGGCUGUUCUGGCCUUACUGAUCAUAUUUGCCAUGAUGCCCGUGCCAGUCGCCUUGAUCCACGCUCUCCUGCAGGAAAGGACAAAGAAAAGAUCCAGAGAAGCAGAGAAUGGUCAGUACAGCAUUGUUAGCACGGACGACAAGUUCGAGACGCCGAUGACCGACAUGACACAACUGGACCAAAGGAAUGGGACCGCUGAUUCCUUUUCGUGAAUAUUGAACUCGUGGGAAAUGACCUUCAGCACCCAGUCAAAGAUUCAGUGGGCCAUUUUCAAGGAUGGUUUAAUCAUAUCUCUCUCUUCAGUGCAGAUAUGACACAGAUUUUACACACUAUUGCAGUGUGUAAAAGAAAAUUCCUUAUUUUAAUAUUUAAAACCUUUUUCUAUACUUUUAUGAAGUCCACUCGUAUACAGAUGAUUUUAUCAAUACUGUUGAUCCAACAACAUUCGUCCAUCUUCAAACUGGUUGAAGCAAUCACAACCGUUUAUCUAAAGUGGGGCAGGUUUCAUACCAUAACUCUCAGGAGUGUCCAAUUAGAGCGCCACUGAAUCAUGAUCAUUAACCAAUACGGCUGCAGCUGAUGUGAAGAGGUGGGAUGAAUCAGCUAUUGAGACAGUAUUAAACAAACUGGUUGGUCUAUUUUCUCUGAGGGGAGAAACACAAACACCUGUACCCUGUUGUCUGUUUACACAUUUCCUGUCACUCUGGUUACAUCACUCCGCCUGGAAACUGAAAAUGAACUGAGAGAUUCCAAACGAGUGUAAUAUGGAAAAUACAGAACAAACCAUGUAUUGCUGUAUGGUAACAAACGGUAGAACUUCCAACAACUGCUGAUUUUUAGAGAGUUGUGGUCCAAAUGAGCAAAAAACAAUCUGCACAAGCCGUAAGAUAUCACAUCCUCUUCCUGCAUUUUUAUUUUUGUAUAAAAGCUUCACUUGUGAAUUCAUCUGAAAUAACCAAAACAUUUUAAACCUUUGUAAAAGCUCUCUUGUGUGAUGCAGCGUAUCACUUGAGAAAUUCCUACAUCUUACUUUGACAGUGAAUGUCCCAGAAACUAAACAGCCAACUUUUGCUCCUCAUUUUCUUUCAGACAAAAUCACGUGUUACAGUAAACAAUGUCCUCCUCCAUGUGAACUUUACAGAGCUGUUAUGUGCUGUUUUUAUUUUUCUAUCUUGAACUUUUCCCAGCACAGUAAACUGAUGGUAAAAGAUGUGUUGCUUUAGAUUGUCAGUUAUGACUUGGGUUGAGUAACAACAAUAUAAACGAUGGGGCCUUAAAUCAAACAGGAAAACUACAUUAUAAUCGAAUAUAGUAAUAAUUAUAGUUGAUUAUAGCGUUGCUGUAUCCGUGUGUAAGGCAGCAUUACGUACAGUGCCCGUAGCACCACACAGAUGCUGUUUUUUUGUUGCUGAUGAGUGUGAGGAAAAGAUUCUGUUAAAGGAAACUGUUAUAUUAUUACUCCACAUUUUUCUUCUCAAAGCUCAGAAACCACAAGUACUUUUAUUAGCAGAUAGUGAGACUGUUACAUCAGGAUGGCGAAUUCAGUUGUGUUGACAUUAAACUGUUAUUUGGUACAGUGUUAGUUACACAGAAUGUUUACAGCUCAACACAUUUGAGGCCUGAGUUUCAUAUUUACUUGUAUGUAUGCAGAUGUACCUACACACGUCAUAUGGUAACAUUCUCUGUUGAUAUCCAACUUUCAUUUCAACUCGGUUUCUGACUUUGUUUCAAAACAUUUAUUUAUUUUAGCGUCACUGUGUCUUCCUUGUAUUUAAUCACAAAGUUAAGGUUUAAGAAAAUGUCUGUGAUUUUCGACAGUAGCAGCAAAACACUAGCAGCACUACACUGUUGUAAACAUUUUCUUUUCUGAAUGGGUGACGGAAUACAAACACUGAGCGGAAAACUCACAUUUUAAUUGUAAAUAUGUAUAAAAUACAUUGAGUCUCCUCAAGAACAAAUGUUUUAGACAUUCUGUGGGACCUUAUUUGUAAAUCAAUUUUGCAUGAAGCUUUGUUUAUUUUUAUUUUUUAUUUUCUUUCUGGUUUAAGUAGAAACUAAAAGGCCAAACCAGACAAAGUUUUUAUACUUUAACUGUUACUGUUUAUCAAGUAAUUUCAGUGUUUUAAAAUGUUGUACAAAAUGAUUUUUAGACUUCAGUCCUUGAUCACUUUAGUCUAUUUUUAUCAGCCAUUUUUCUGAAGUUAAAUGUUUUGAUAAUGUUCGGUGGGUUACGAUGAAAAUGAAUUGACCUUAUGAACUUGAAUGCUGUUGAAUGUAUCUGUAUCAAGUGCCUUUUAGAUUCAAUGAGGCCAAAUUAACAAAUUGUCAAAAACAUUCCAGCAUCAAAUUGUUUCACUUUUCAAUCUCGUUUGUAGUUAGUUUGUGUAAAAUGAACUUUUGAGAAAAUGUAAUAUAAUUCCACUGCUACUGUGUAUAUAAAAUGUCAUUUUUUUAAAUUAAAAACUUGCAGCAUCA